CCUGGCGUGUGUCCCCAAGGUCACUUGUUCCUUGCCAGAGAGUUUGCCCACAAAGAGUCGCCAAGAUAGCUGGGCCAGGAAGAAAGCGUCGAACCCCUGACCCAGACUCCAUCACUGACCCCGGCGGGCCGUUCGUCUCCUCCAAACGGCUGAAAAUGUCCAGCAGCACCAGUGCCCCAGGCCAGAGGCGAGCGUCCCGGGGGCUGGAGGAUGCAACCAACAAGAAGAAGCAGAAGGACCGAGCCAACCAGGAGAGCAAGGAGGGCGAGAGACCCCCUGGCAGCGACCCGAAGAAAGACCUGCUGCUGGACUGGAAGCAGAACGCUGACGAGGUCAUUGUGAAGCUGAACUUGGGCAGCGGGGCCCUGAAGUUGGAGGAGGUGGAUGCUGCGUUCACAGACACCGACUGCGUGGUCAGGCUGCCAGAUGGCCGCCAGUGGAGUGGCCAGUUCUACGGGGAGAUCGAGAGCUCCUGCAGCAAAGUCCAGGGUAAGAAGGGCAACUUCCUGCAGCUGGUGCUUCAGAAGAAGAUCCCCCUGCACACCUGGGCGUCGCUCCUGAAGAAGCGGAAGGACGGAUCCAAGGAGCUAGCCAAGGGGGCCGGGAGCCAGAAUGCGAAGGAGCAGCCCCCACCCGCACAGGCCGCCCCCGAGGAGCCGGCGAGGAGCAAACGGGAGUUCCCCAACUCAAAGCGAGCUCCAGGAAGGGGCGAGGCCCCAGAGGGGAAGAGCCCGGCCAGCCCCAGGCUGCAAAGCGGGCCCAGUGCCAAGCGGGCCGGGCACCUCAAGGUGGCUCUGAUGGAGGAGGAGCCAAAUGCCGGGGUCCCUGGGGGCUUGGAGCCUGGCAAGGGGCCCAGCGGGAGAGGGGGCAGCCGGCAGAACGGCCGAGCAGCCUGCGGCGAUGCUGCCACGGGCCUGACCCCGCCUCUGGUGAAGGCCGAAGUGCUGCAGAAGGAGCCCGCACUUGUGGGGAUGCAGCCGCCUGCUGCCCCUUCGGAGAGCUGCCCCCAGCACGUGGCACCCUGCCUGGAGAAGAGAGCCCUGCCGCCGGCCGCUCCCCAGUGCCUGGCAGCCCUUGGAGAGGGCCCCGAGGCUGCCCUGGCCCCCGCCUCCCCUCCGCUGAGCAGAGACGCUGAGCAGAGCGACUGGGCCAAGGCGGAUGUUGCCCUGGAAGCAGCAGCGGAUGAGCCAGAGCCUAUGGUGAGCCUGACCUUGGUGAAGAACGACUCGUACGAGAAGGGGAGUGAUUCAGUGGUGGUGCACGUCUACGUGAAGGAGAUCCACAGGGAGACCUCCAAGGUGCUGUUCCGGGAGCAGGACUUCACGCUGGUGUUCCAGACCAGUGAUGUGAACUUCCUGCGACUGCACCCCAGCUGCGGCCCCCACACGGUGUUCAGGUGGCAGGUGAAACUCAGGAACCUCAUUGAGCCGGACCAGUGCACGUACAACUUCACCGUCUCCCGCAUCAACAUCUGCCUGAAGAAACGCCACAGCCAGCGCUGGGGGGGACUGGAAGCCCCGGCAGCACGAGGUGCAGUGGGUGGUGCGAAGGUUGCCAUGCCAACAGGCCCUACCCCUCUGGAUAAGAGCCAGCCGGGCAGUAACCAGCAUCCCCUGUCCAGUACGGAGGAGGCUCGGGCAGGGGAGAAGGAGAAGCCCAGAGCAGAGGAUGGUGGCCUGGAGGGUGUCGUGGCCCGGACGGCCACAGAGCACGUCACCGUGAAGCAGGAACCGCACGUCCCAUCGCCCAAGCCGAUGUGCAUGGUGCCGCCGAUGACUCACAGCCCGGUGAGCAGCGAGAGCGUGGAGGAGGACGAGGAGGAGGAGGAGAAGAAGGUGUGUCUGCCGGGCUUCACGGGGCUGGUGAAUCUGGGGAACACCUGCUUCAUGAACAGCGUCAUCCAGUCCCUGUCCAACACGCGGGAGCUGCGGGACUAUUUCCAUGAUCGCUCCUUCGAGGCGGAGAUCAACUACACCAACCCGCUGGGCACGGGGGGGCGCCUGGCCAUCGGCUUCGCUGUGCUCCUGCGGGCGCUCUGGAAGGGCACCCACCACGCCUUCCAGCCCUCCAAGCUGAAGGCAAUCGUGGCCAGCAAGGCCAGCCAGUUCACGGGCUACGCCCAGCACGAUGCCCAGGAGUUCAUGGCCUUCCUUCUCGACGGCCUGCACGAGGACCUGAACCGCAUCCAGAACAAGCCCUACACGGAGACGGUGGACUCGGACGGGCGGCCCGACGAGGUGGUGGCAGAGGAGGCCUGGCAGCGGCACAAGAUGAGGAACGACUCCUUCAUCGUGGACCUCUUUCAGGGCCAGUACAAGUCCAAGCUGGUGUGCCCGGUGUGCGCCAAGGUAUCCAUCACGUUUGACCCCUUCCUCUACCUGCCGGUGCCCCUGCCCCAGAAGCAGAAGGUGCUGACUGUCUAUUACUUUGCGAAGGAGCCGCACAAGAAACCCGUCAAGUUCCUCGUCAGCAUCAGCAAGGAGAACUCCAGCGCUGCAGAGGUGCUGGACUCGGUCGCCCACAGCGUGCGUGUGAAGCCAGAGAACCUGCGCCUGGCAGAGGUGAUCAAGAACCGCUUCCACCGCAUGUUCCUGCCGUCCCAGUCGCUGGACACGGUCUCCCCCGCAGACCUGCUCCUGUGCUUCGAGGUGCUGUCCCCAGAGCUGGCCAAGGAGCGGGUGGUGGUGCUGCAGGUCCAGCAGCGUCCCCAGGUGCCCAGCGUCCCCAUCAGCAAGUGCGCGGCCUGCCAGAAGACGCAGCAGGCAGAGGACGAGAAGCUGAAGCGCUGCACUAGGUGCUACCGAGUGGGCUACUGCAACGUGGGGUGUCAGAAAACGCACUGGCCAGAUCACAAAGCCCUGUGCCGCCCCGAGAACAUCGGCUUCCCCUUCCUCAUCAGCGUGCCGGAGUCGCGCCUCACCUACUCCCGCCUGGCCCAGCUCCUGGAGGGCUACGCAAGGUACUCGGUCAGCGUGUUCCAGCCUCCUUUCCAGCUGGGCCCGCAGCCCCUGCUCCCCGAGAAGCUGGACCUGCCUGCGAGGAGUAGCUGUGGGGCUGCCCCCCCAGCCCCAGAGGCGGGGGAUGCAGACAGGGCCCCUCACCGGCAGGAGCCCCAGCUAUCCACCCCGGAGCUGCACCCGGAGCUGGGGGAGGCCAGCGCAGUGCCCAGGAGUUCCGCGCUCAGCUCGGACUCGGGCUGCUCUGAGCACUCCCUGGAGGCGCAGGGCGAGGGCUGCUGGGCGAAGGAGCCGUCCUACGAGCGAGGCCCCAAGCCUGAAGCUGCCGUCCCCGGAUACCAGCAUGCGCCCGACGUGCUCAGUGCUCACGCCGCCCAGUUCUACAUCAACACGAUCGACGGAGCCAGCCGAGAGCACAAGCUGGAGGAGAAAGGCGAUGCCCCGCUGGAGCUGACGGACGACUGCUCCCUGGCCCUGGUGUGGCAGAACAACGAGCGCCUGAAGGAGUUUGUGCUGGUGGAGUCCAAGGAGCUGGAGUGUGUGGAGGACCCGGGCUCGGCCAGCGAGGCGGCCAGGGCCGGCCACUUCACGCUAGGCCAGUGCCUCAAGCUCUUCACCAAGCCGGAAGUGCUGGCGCCCGAGGAAGCGUGGUACUGCCCCAAGUGCAAGCAGCAUCGCGAGGCCUCCAAGCAGCUCAUGCUCUGGCGCCUGCCCAACGUGCUCAUCAUCCAGCUCAAGCGCUUCUCCUUCCGCAGCUUCAUCUGGAGGGACAAGAUCAACGAUAUGGUGGACUUCCCGGUCCGGAGCCUGGACUUGAGCAAGUUCUGCAUUGGGCAGAAGGAGGAGCAGCAGCAGCCCAUGUACGACCUGUAUGCGGUGAUCAAUCACUACGGCGGGAUGAUCGGCGGGCACUACACGGCCUACGCCCGGCUGCCCAGCGACAAGACCAGCCAGCGCAGCGACGUGGGCUGGCGGCUCUUUGACGACAGCACGGUGACCACAGUGGACGAGAGCCAGGUGGUGACGAGAUACGCGUACGUCCUCUUCUACCGCCGGCGGAACUCCCCCGUGGGGCGCCCCCCGGAGCACCGGCCAGACCUGGCCGCCACCGCCGAGCCAGCCGCCGGCCAGGGCAUGAACCCCGAGUCGUUCGGCUCCACUGCCGCCCCCGAAGGAGGCCCCCCACCGCCCCCCGCCGGGCUCCCAGAUCGCUUUGCCAGCCCCGCAGAGUGCCCCACCCCCUCCUACAGCAACAUGGAGGAAGUCGACUGAGGCGCAGCUGGCUGCUGGCGGGGGUGGAUGUGCAAGGGGCUGUUCUGUGGCCUCCUGCCCCUUGCCGGAGGUGCCUGCCCUGGCCCUGCUCAAGCACUUUCCUCUCGGCCCCUGCCGGGUAACGGUUUCAUUGGCUGCCAGGCAGUGGUAGGGGUAGGAGGGCCCAGGGCUGCAUUGGCCUGGGGCAGCUCGCUGGGGAUCACCUGGCCCCAAUCCUCCAUCGGCCUGUGGCCCACAUGGGAACAGACCCUGCUGCUCCUUUGUGGGGCUGGAACUGGGGCUCCUCCCUGUUCCCUGGGGCCUGGCAGCUCCCUGCCAUGGUAGUUGGCAGGAUAGGUGUGGGGCAGGCUCCCUCUCCAGGGGCUGGGCCUGCCGAUGGCGGCUUUGCCUACUCUCCUUGCCUUGCUGUUGACAGGGUCCCCAUGGUGCCCGCACCCAUGCAGCCGUGGGAGCCUGGCACGGGGGGGUCCCAGCCCGGCCCUGCUGCAUUCUGCCAGCUCAGGCUGGGCGGGGUGAGAGGAAGGCAGGUGCCUCUGCCAACGGGUGCUAGAGCCAGCAGCUGCCUGCCCAGGCCCAGCAGCCGCCCCCAGGGCGUGUGCCCCCUUCUCCCGUGCAUUGGCGCAUUCUCUGGAAUCGCGUUCUCCAGCCCCGGGGAUCCGACUGCUGCUGUCUCCCUCGAUUCUCCCCAGGCGGAGCCCUUGCCCCCCUCCCGCCAGCCGCUGCUCCCCCUCACUUUGUAUAAAGUUGGUGUUUGUCUUGAGUCAUUAAAUUCUACUGAACUCUG